AUAAAAAAUGUUUUUGUUUAAGCUAUCUUAGAUCCUCCCUUCUGAUUUUGUUUAGGCCUUCCUAGAAUCAAUUAUAAAGUCAGAUCCUUGUCAGAUUUAUGGCUCGUAUUUAUCCCUCUGUUAGGUUUUACUUCGCCCUGACGUGUGGUCAGGGAACAGGGGGCGAGCCUCCUGUGGACGUGGCUCUGGAGCUCUGUGUGAGGUUCAAGGACCGACAGAUCCUGCGGCAAGCCUGUGAGUCCGGAUCCUGGGGAGAAACCGAGAGAGUCGUGCCUUUCUUCCCCUUCAUCAGAGGACUGCCCUUCAAGAUUGAGAUUCACUGUGAACAAAGUCGCUUUCGUGUGUUUGUGGACGGACAGAAGCUGUUUGACUUUCAGCACAGGUUGACGUCACUCAGAGACAUUGACACGUUGUGGAUCAAAGGUAGCGUCGCUAUCACUAAACUGGCCUGAAGGAAAACACUGCACUGCUGAACAUUUGAGAAGAUUUCAAACAGACUCUGUUGAGCUCAAACUGCCAUGACUCCCCUCAUCUGAACAUGUUCUGUAUUCACUGUGGACCUUUUUGUACAAAAUGUUGAAUAUGGGGGAAAAAAAGUGUUGAAAAAAAUGUUUUAUGAUCACACAUUAACAGACUGACUGAUCAAGGAAGUGUAAGAUCAGCAACUUCCAUGUUUUGAGACGCACAAUUACAGUUUUCUCCUCCUCUGAACA